AUGCGUCGAGCUCUCUCAAAGAAGGAAGAGGAGGAAGAUCCUUUUGCAGAGGAGGGAGAAGACGAGAGACAGCGGAGACUCGAGGAAGAAGAAUGCCGAGAGCGAGAAGCACGCGAAGCCGACAAGCAGAUUGAAGCGGUGAACAAAAUCUGGGCGAGUCAAAUGUCGGAGCUCGGGAUAUGGGAGAAAGAAGAAGAACAAGUUCAGCAGCACGCCGAGCAGUUUCUGAAGCGGCGCCAAUUUCUCUGUUCUCAAGGCACGCCGCAAGGAGAUUCCGCAGAGAAACACUCGACGUGCCUUGACCUGGUCGCUGAGCAACCUGGAGACUCGGAGACUUAUGAAGAACGCCUUCGGUUGAGACUCGCUGUUUUUGAGGCGGGACCAGACUUGCUGCCUUCGAGCGUUUCCGCGUCUCCACCGGAGGAGAGUGGACACUCGUUUGCCUCGAGGAAUAGACGCAGUCUUCCUUCACAGAUUCUUGUUGGCACGAAGUUGUUGGAAGGCUUCGAGGACUCGCGCCGUGUUGUCGAGCUGCGAUUCGAUGUGAAGUUGACGGCGAUUCCUGUGAUCCCGACGCUGUGUUUGGUGAGAAAGCCGCUGCUAAAGUAA